AAUAAUUCCUGAUGAUUUAAACCAAGAUAUUAGAGAUAUAAAGAAAUGUCCGGAUUGUCCACAUAACACGAUGUUUAUAUAUGACUUUAUAUUAUUAAUUGAAGAUGAACACGGUUCUACUCUUUCUACACUAGUUAACGGAGGUUCCGCA